GCAGCUCUCAGCUCCACUUCCGGAUUGUUGUUUCCGUGUUGACGUCCGUCCAUCAUGGCUGCUGAGGGAGACUUCUUGGCGAGAUACCGCGCAGUGUCGAAUAAGCUUAAAAAACGCUUUCUCCGGAAGCCAAAUGUGGCAGAGGCCAGUGAGCAGUUUGGCCAGUUAGCCAAGGAGCUGAAACAGCAGGACUGCUUGCAGUAUGCGGCCUUCUGCAACCUGGCCAUGGCUCGAUGUGAGCAGACUCUCUUCAACGCUCCCGGAGAAGCCUUGGCGCUAACGGACGCCGCCCGCCUCUUUCUGUCCUCCGAGAAGGAGAACCGCUCUCUGCAGGCGCCAGGCUUUGACGAGCACCUUCAGGCCGCACUCAACUGCUACAGUUUUGCCAUCAAGGUGUACGUGGAGAUGAACCAGCCUGUGAUGGCAGCCAGUCUUUGUCUAGAGCUGGGGAACGCACUCAAGGAGAUGAACCGACCAGGAGAGGCCAUCGUUCAUUACCAGAGGGCUGCGGAGCUGCAGACACAGAUGCCGGUGGAAGCUCUUCUGUCACUGGGAGAAAUGGCUUCAUGUAAAAUCCUCACGCGCGACUACGACGGUGUGCUGACGGUGUUUACAGAGAUGCAGUUGAUGUGCCAGGAGAGAGGACUGCAGCUACCGGGCACCAGCACCCCUGUUGGUGCUUUUCUGGACAUUGUGGCAAGAUGUGAGAUCUCCAGAGUGCUACUGCUGAUGCUGCUUGAGCCUCCACCUCAGAAGCUGCUGCCCGAGCACGCCCAGACCCUGGAGAGGUACGCCUGGGAGUCCUUUGACCCGCACAGCCAAGUCAACUUCCUGCCGGAGAAUGUUUUCCUGCUCCUGCAGUCGGUGGUGAUGGCGUGCCAGGAGAAAGACACCGAGUCCUUGAAGUCUCUUCAGACGGAGCUAUGGCCUCUGCUGACCGCCGAGCAGAAUCACCUCCUCCACCUGGUGGUCCAAGAGCGCAUUACACCGUCCGGCCAGGGCAUUUAGUGGCGUUGUGGUGCAAUGGAACAUUGCUGCUCGGGACUGGGUCUGUUGUAAGACCUCUGCAAACACUGUUGUCUUCACAAACAUCUCCUAUAAACGUGUCAACAUAUUUGUGUGUCUAUAACACAAAUAUUCUGCAUAUUUCAUUAUUUUUAGGGCUACAACUGUAUUUAUUUUAGUACCUGAUUCUUGCUUAUGCUAAAAUAAGAGAUCUGCAUAUACAGUCCACUGCGCUUCAAAUAUUGUGUUGUUUUUUUUAAGAUAUUUAAACAUUUUUUUUAAACAUUCUACAAUUUUUUUGGUCCUAACUUAUGCAUUUUGAACAUAAAAAUAGCUAAAUGAAUCAAUACUACUGUCGUAUUGGCCACUCGAGGAGACCAAACCAUUCAGAGUGCGCUGUUCAGUAUCGUGGCCGCUCACGAACCAUUACGAACCCAGGUCUGGGUUAGUUUUUGCCUCAUUCCUGUGAGAAUCCUGCGUGUGACUGAAGCACUAAAGCAGGGUUGUCAAACUCAUUUUCAUUGAGGGCCACAUCGCAGUAAUGGCUUCUUUCAGAGGGCCGCUUUUUUUUUAUAAUUAAUUUGCAUUAUGCAUGCGGGUAAUAACCUGUGAUUAAUCAUAAUUAUUAAAAAUGCAUAUUUUUAUGUAUAACUUGCUUUAAAAUCAUAAAUCAAGGUGACAAGCAGAUAUUUAACUAUUAGUUUUUAUCUCACAAAAGUAGUUUUGCAAUACAGUAUAUAACGAUAUAAUUG